CGAGACGCGUGGAGCUCGCGGCGCCGCGGAGAGCGCGGAGCGCGGGACUUCAGUGACCCGGCCGGGUUGCCCUUUCUGGCAGAACCAUGUCUCUGAACGUGGACGACUACUUCCGAACCGUGUACGAGCAGCGGCUGCGCGCCAAGGUGUCCCUGCCGGACCUCAAGACAGGAGACACUCGAAAGCUGGACAAGCUGGAGGAGGUGAAGGACGUGGAGCGCGUGCUGACCGCACAACGAGAGGACUUCAGGAGGAGGACGGAGAGCCUGCGGCGGCGCAGAAAGGAGCUGGACGAGAAAGAGGAGCAGCUGAAGGAGUCCCUCUUCAAAUUCAACAAGUUCCUCAAAGAGAACGACGCCAAGCGUGGCCGAGCCCUGAAGAAGGCCUCCGAGGAGAAGGACUUGGCGCGGCAGAAACAGGCUGAAGUCGAGCUUCUGGAGCAGGAGGUCCUGGUACUGCAGAAGAGGAGGGAAACGAUGCGAGUCAAAGUGCAGAGGAAGGCCGUCUACAGAGACUUCUUGCACAGGGUCACCAAGAGCUCCACAAAGUUUGGCGAGAUCUGGGAGCUCGUCGCCCGCUUCGACACCCUGCUGGCCACGCGAGAGCAGCUGCUCGGCAGGGAGAGCGAGGGCCGGCAGCUCGGGGAGGCCCUGCGGCAGCAGCACCGGCGCUUCGUCGACGAACAGAGCGACCGCAUCCUGCGGUACAACAACCAGCUGUCAGAGCUGCAAACACGGCUGGAGCAGGUCCGCUCGCUGGCCUUAAAGUGGGAGGCCACGUGGAACCACAUACAGUCCAUAUCGGCCAGAGAGACCCUUCUGCUGGGCCAAAUCAAGGUGACGACCCUUAAUCUCUUCCACAUGAUGGGUGGCCAGACGGACGACGAGAACGGCGUGGGCAUCGGGGACACGCUGGGGCAGCUGGACAGGAUUGAGCUCUUCGUUCAGGACCAGACGGGAAUUUUACAUCAUCUCCAAGGGCGAGACUCGAAAAGUGACCCAAAUGUAAACCCGAACGCCAAGUAAAGUGGUAAAGAUAAAACAAGGCCUCGGGUUCCCGCGUGAAUCCCGUGACAAGGUGCGAAAGAGCCGAAGGCUCGGACCUUUUCCUAGCGCCGGGCGUCAUUCGAGUGCCGCAUCGUCACACGACCCCUCGGAAACCUUUGCCUUCGGAUCCCAGCCGAGCGACCAACUGCGUCACGUCUGCAUUGUCAGUUGCUGAAACAGGACACGGGAGUUGCCAAAAUUCGCUUCAGCAGGUCAGAUGUACAUGGGACACAUGUUCAGAGUAACGGAAAACAAGGGCUGACUCUGAAUGUUGGGUGGAGCGCUUUGCUCACCAAAAAUAUUCCAAGCGGGCCCAUCGUUGGACGGCGUCUGUGCCGAAAGCCUGCGGUGCGGCUCCGCUUCCCGAGUCCCGCUGCACCAUCCUGCUGCACGCUGACUGCUCAGGCUUUGGUCACCACGCUUUUUUACCCCAUGAUGCGCAUAAUUGUGACUUUUUACCUCAUAAAUGCAUGCACAUGGUCUGGGCUAUUUGCUGGGAUUAAAUAAAUUGUUCCGUGGUGCUUUUGCUACAUUCGUAUUAAUUUUUUUAACACGAGUAACUAGGGAGGAGCUUCUGCAUCUGUCCAAACUGCACCCAAGUCCUACAUUGAUUAUUGAUCGAAAAACAGCAAUUUUACAGAGUGACAGCAACGCUAAUAAAGGACACACAUUAAACAUCUAUAACCAGUGGGAAAAAAUUAUUAAAUAAACAUUGGCUGUUUACAGUUAUUGACAGGUUAUAAUUAUAUACCCAUUUAUACAGUAGUCAUUUUUACCAUGUCGAUUCAGGGGAAGUACAUCACACAGGCACCGAUCUUGGAAUUUUAUUUAUUUUGUAGACAUCAAUGAGCCAAAUCAUCCUGCUCUCUCCAUCCAGGGUGUCCCCCGUCUUGCUCCCCAGGCUUUUGGAUACACUCGUUAUUAGUAAGUGGUUCUUAAUAAGAGGUUCUUCAUAGCAAACGAAUAAAUGAAAAUAUAACCUCAGAAGAGAAGCUGAAAAUAAAUGAUUAGAAAUAUUGUAAGAACUUGUGUUCAUGUCGUCAUUUUGCUAUUAAUUUUAGGUGACCCAUUUUUCUUCCAGUAACCAAGCAUUUUUUUCUUAAGAACAAAAAUAGAUAUCAGCACAUCAAAAUAUUUGACCUCGUCAUUAUGCGGAGAUAUCUAUAUAGGUGUCACUUACCAUCACUUAAAUGUUGAAAUGCCAGAGCUCAGGGUCACCGGGUCAAGGACAAAAAGAUGUUUACGACAUCUCAGAACCCAUCCCCAGAGCACUGAAAAUAUUCUCAUGAGAAGAAUCAUUAAAGAGAACAGGCAGGGUGUGUUAUGGACCUGCCUC